AUGCGCUCAUACUUCGUAGUUAUCCUCGCUGUUGCUGUCCUGAUCAGCAGCAGCACUGCUGCAGCAGUCAGUCCGCAGAAAUCACAAGACUUCGCUCAAUCGAUCGAUGCUGCCGGCGUGGAGCCGAGAAGCAGAAAACUGCUGCAAGCACAAACGACGAGCAAUCAAGCCAAUGGCUCCGUUGACGAAGAGAGAGCCGUGAUACCGAGUGUGUUUAAAAACUUUGGUUCACGCGUGUCAAAAUGGUUUGGCGACAAGAAGCUAUCGACAAAGCUGAGGUUCUACGCAGCAAAGAUGGACUUGGACACGGAAGUGCAGAAACUUUUGAAACAAGGUGUCGAUCCUAACAUUGUAUACAAGAGACUCAAACUCGGCCGCAAUGGCAAUCGGAAUGUCGGCCUGGACCCCUCCCCCGAGUUCAAUCUAUGGUAUAAGUAUGCCGCAGCCUAUAAGGUUAAAAACCCCGCCUGGGUGAAUACUUUUGCUGUCGCUGUGUGA